AUGGCCGUCGACGACCUCCGCCCCUUGCCGGUCCCACCGUACGCGUCGCAGGUCGCGGCGUGGCUAGCCCUCGCAGCCGCCGCGCACUUCCUCCACGUCCCCUCCCUCCUCCUCUACGCCGUCCACACCUACAUCCACCCGGAUGCCGUCCCCUCCACGGGACGGCGCACCGUCCUCCGCCCGCGGGGCUCUGCUGCGCCCUCCGGCAACCGCGGAGGCGGGGCCCCGGCCUCCGACGGCUGACAGGUGUACCGCAUGCGCCUCUCCCACGCCACGCUCGCCUCCCGCCCACACUUCGUCGACUUCCACCUCUCCCUGCUCCUCCCGCUCGCGCUCCUGCCCCUGGCGCUCCUCCUCCCGCCGCCCCGCUCCCCGGCCGCCCCGCUCGCGCCGCUCCUCCCGCUCGCCUUCCUCUUCGUCGCGCUCGCCUCGCCGCCCCGCCCGGCGCACCUCGUCGCCUCGCUCGCCGCGCUGCUCGCUGCCACCGUGCUCUCCUCCAGCCCCUUCGUCGGCUCCGUCGCCUCGCUCGCCGUGCUCCCCGCAUGGCGCUCCGCGCGCGCCUUCUGGCUCGGCACCGAGCAGCCCCGCACCGGGCUCGCCGUCCUCGCAUCCUCCGCCCCCGCGCGCCUCCUCCUCCACCUCGCCAUCCUCGUCUCCUCCGCCGCCUCCAUCCUGCAGUGCUGCGGGUUCGUCGACGGCCCCGAGCUGGAGGUCAAGCUGCUGGCCGCCGCGGCCGGGCUGCAGCUGCUGGCCUCGUCAACUCCCCGCUCCGUCCACAUCCCCGCGCACGUCCCUGCGUGCCUCGCCGCCGCAUCGGAGCCCGCCACCUCUCCUUUGCUCCAGGCCAGCCGCCGCCUCGAUCAGGAUCGAAGGAGGGCGAGCUCCCUGCUACCUUGA